AUGGCCGACCCCGACCCCGAACCCACAGCCACAGCAGCGCUGGCUGCAGAUGCGCCCGUCCCAGCCACGGGAACGAAGCAGAGUAUCGAUCCAUGGAAUGUAUCCGGAGAAGUCGGCGUUGACGGUGUCACCAAAGCCAUUAACUACAUGUCUCUAAUCGACGAGUUUGGCACCAAGAGGAUUCUCGAAGAGGACCUGAAGCGAUUCGAGCAAGUGACGGGGAAGAAGCCGCAUCGGUUUAUGCGGAGAGGCAUCGUGUUCAGUCAUCGUGACUUGAAUCUGAUUUUGGAUCGCCAUGAGAAGGGGGAGCCGUUCUUCUUGUACACGGGGCGGGGACCGAGUAGUGACAGUAUGCACAUUGGACAUACUGUCCCUUUCGAAUUUACGAAGUGGCUACAAGAUGUGUUCGAUGUACCCCUGAUAAUCAUGAUGACCGACGACGAGAAGUACCUCUUCUCAGAGAAACGCACAAUUGAGGAAGUCCAGAGAUAUACCAAGGGAAAUGCAAAGGACAUCAUUGCCGUCGGCUUCGAUCCCAAGAAGACAUUCAUCUUUAGCGACUACGAGUAUAUGGGAGGAGCGUUCUACCGGAACGUUACACGAGUCGCGAAGCACGUCACUCUAAAUGUUGCAAGAGCUGUUUUUGGUUUCGACGGAAGCUCCAACAUUGGCAAAGUCCACUUCGGAGCCAUCCAAGGUGCUACAUCGUUCGCAUCCUCUUUCCCCCAUAUCUUUGGCGACAACGAAGCUGUCACCAACUUAAUUCCCUCCCUUAUUCCCUGCGCCAUCGACCAAGACCCCUACUUCCGCAUGACACGAGAUGUCGCAGCCCGCCUCCACUUCGCCAAGCCAGCUCUCAUUCAUUCGCGGUUCCUCGACGCCCUUCAAGGCCCAGGCUCCAAAAUGAGCGCUUCUGUUGACACUUCUGCAAUCUUCAUGGCGGAUGAUCCUGCCAAGAUCAAGAACAAGAUCAACAAAUAUGCAUUCAGCGGCGGAAAGGUCUUGGUGGAGGAGCAUAGAAGGGAUGGUGGAGACUGCGAACAAGACGUCUCGUAUCAGUACCUGACGUUCUUCCUCGAGGACGACGCAGAGCUCGAGCAGAUCCGCCAAGACUACUCUAGUGGAAGGAUGUUGACGGGAGAGCUCAAAGCACGAUGUAUCAAGGAGUUGCAGGACUACGUAAAGGGCUUCCAAGAGCGGAGGGCGAAAGUCACUGACGAGGUUGUGGCUGAUUUCUUCAAUGCCAAGAAGCUGGAGUGGGUGGGAAAUCCGAACCCGAUUGUGACGGCUCAGGAGAGCGAGACAGCUCCUGCUGCGGAUGGGGCAGCAAAUGGGGGACCGGUGCCAUUGACGCAGAAUCAAAUGAAAAAGUUGGCCAAGGAGAAGCAGAAUGCUGAGAAAGCUGCUGCGAAGAAGGCCGCGAAGGAGGCCGAGAGGGCGGCCAAGGAAGCUGCGAAGACGGCUUCGGCGAGCGCUGCAUGA